CUGCACCGGACAGAGAGGAUGGGGAGCCGGCAUUUGGGCGCGGAGCUAGGCGGGGUGGACUUUGGGACGUAGACGGGGGACCGGGUCCUGGAGCCGGGAGUGGCGCCAGCUCCCCGGAACCACGCCCCCUGUUUCCCCGCCCCUCGCAUUUCGUUUUAGACCUCUCCCAGUCCUCCGGGACUCGGUCUGGUUUAUACUAGGUCGCGCUAGGGGCAGCUUGACCGACCAGGACGGAGAGAGGAUGCUUAACUCCUUAGGCUACAGGUGAAGAAACAAGAAAACUAAGAAAUCCGAACGGUUGGAGGGGCGUCUGUGUGGAUGGGAUGGGGACGCCGGGGGAGGGGCUGGGCCGCUGCUCCCAUGCCCUGAUCCGGGGAGUCCCAGAGAGCCUUGCGUCGGGGGAAGGUGCAGGGGCUGGCCUUCCCGCUCUGGAUCUGGCCAAAGCUCAAAGGGAGCACGGGGUGCUGGGAGGUAAACUGAGGCAGCGACUGGGGCUACAGCUGCUAGAACUGCCACCUGAGGAGUCGUUGCCGCUGGGACCACUGCUUGGUGACACGGCCGUGAUCCAAGGGGACACGGCCCUAAUCACGCGGCCGUGGAGCCCUGCUCGUAGGCCAGAGGUCGAUGGAGUCCGCAAAGCCCUCCAGGACCUGGGGCUCCGAAUUGUGGAAAUAGGAGACGAGAAUGCCACGCUGGAUGGCACUGACGUUCUCUUUACCGGCCGGGAGUUUUUCGUAGGCCUUUCCAAAUGGACCAAUCACCGAGGAGCUGAGAUCGUGGCGGACACGUUCCGGGAUUUCGCCGUCUCCACUGUGCCAGUCUCGGGUCCUUCCCACCUGCGCGGUCUUUGUGGCAUGGGGGGACCUCGCACUGUUGUGGCAGGCAGCAGUGACGCUGCCCAAAAGGCUGUCAGGGCAAUGGCGGUGCUGACAGAUCACCCAUAUGCCUCCCUGACCCUCCCAGAUGACGCAGCUGCUGACUGUCUCUUUCUUCGUCCUGGGUUGCCUGGUGUGCCCCCUUUCCUCCUGCACCGUGGAGGUGGGGACCUGCCCAACAGCCAGGAGGCACUGCAGAAGCUCUCUGAUGUCACCCUGGUACCUGUGUCCUGCUCAGAACUGGAGAAGGCUGGCGCUGGGCUCAGCUCCCUCUGCUUGGUGCUCAGCACACGCCCCCACAGCUGAGCACCUGGCCUUGGGGUCCUGCUGGCCAAGGGUAGGACAGUAUAGGGAGUAGAAGGGGAAGGAGGGUUAGAUAGAGAAUGCUGAGUAGGCAGUAGUGGGGAGAGAGCCUCAAUAUGGGGGGAGGACAGAGUGUGGGGAAAAGGAUAGGGUCCACUGGGUGAGUCCUCUCUCUCAGAACCAAUAAAAUAGAAUUGAUCUUUUA